UAUUUCAGGUUAGCGAGAGGUAUGACCAUUUCAACUGGGGUGAGAACGUGAAAGGGCGCAUCACAAUGGCUCCUCCAACUCGAUGAUUGAACACUGACAUACAAGUGAGGGUUUCGUCCUUGCUCCUCUUUAUUGGCAAUGGCGGCCUGAUUCAAGCAGAAUUUGUUUAGUUCCCAAAUUUGGAUUCCAGAUCAUUCAGGUCAUAAUUUCGAUAUUCCCAACUGCUCUCAGUGGAAGCGAACCGGAUAGGAGAGGCACCGAUCCCAUUGUAAAAGCCGUAAUCGGAGCAGAGGAGCCAUGAACGGAAACGGCAACGGGAACGGCAGGAGGCGGAGAAGAGAAGUGGAAGAAAUGGACAAGGGUUUGAUUUGGAAACUUCCGCAGCUGAAGUUGAAGGAAGUGGGUAAGGUUGGUCCUGCUUUCGGACUCGGCGCUGGUUGCGGUCUCGGCUUUGGUAUCGGCCUCGUUGGAGGUGCUGGCUUUGGUCCUGGAAUUCCUGGCUUGCAAGUCGGCUUUGGUUUUGGUGCUGGAUGUGGGGUUGGUUUAGGAUUUGGCUAUGGUGUCGGUAGGGGCAUUGCUCAUGAUGAGUACCGUACAUAUUCUAAUGUUAAAAGCCUAUUUGGCAACCAGCAUCGUCCUAUGCAGGAUGAAAUCAGUGGCCUAAUCGAUGAGCUCGUGAUUAAUACCAAGAAGGUAGCUGUAGCAGCUUCUAGAGAAAUUGAGAAGUGGAGAAGAUGAAUGAACUUGAAGGAUAUGUCAUUUGUGAAUGUUUAAAAGGCAAGUAUUUCUUAUUUUGCAGUAUAGUGUUUGCAUGAAAAUACCUGUAGGGAUGUAUGUUACUUAUUAUAAGUUUAAUAUAUGUUCAUGUUUAUAUUUA